AUGACAAGACCAAAAAAAGAUCGUAUUAACAAAUAUCAUUCGAAAGUUGCUAACUCUAGUACUAGAACUAGGAAAUUGAUCAAAUGUAAAUGUACACUACGUUGCCAUGGUAGUAAAUUUGUAGAUCCUAGAACAUUUGAGAACCAUCAGCAAGAAAUGGAGCGUUUUCGAUUAAUGUCAAUCUCAAAAGGAAAAGAAAAAGUUAAUCCAGCUGAACAAGAUUAUAAUUCAUCAUGUAAUUCUUCUAAUGAUGAUGAUGAUGAACUGAUUUCAGUUUAUCAGGAGCCAAUUGAUGUACCAAAGAAACGAAAACGAUAUGCUAAGUUUUUCGAUGCAGAUGGAACAGUUUCUGAUUAUGAUGAGUCAGAAACUGUUUUGAUUCCUUCAGAUGAUGAAGAAGGCUUUGAGAUACCGGUUAAUAAUGAAGAAUCUUCUACGGAAGAAGAUAAUCGUAAUUUGAGUGAGGAAGAUAUUUCGGUUGAGCAAUUUACUGCUCCCGAUUUUGAUGAAUUUGAGGUUGAAUCAGAUGAUGGAUAUCCUGAUAGGAACAUUAACUUUGACGAUUUGUGA